AUGAAUGGAGAUAAUGAUUUAGACGACGGUCCUGGAAGUUCUAAAAGGAGAAGAUCUCGUACCAAUUUCAACAGUUGGCAACUUGAAGAAUUAGAAAGAGCAUUUUUGGCGAGUCACUAUCCGGAUGUUUUCAUGCGGGAAGCUUUGGCAAUGAGAUUAGAUUUGAAAGAAUCAAGAGUUGCCAAUGACGUGAUUCCGGUGAGAAUAUUUCGUGCAAGAAAAUAUAUAUAA